CUGUCUCAUGUCUCCCUGACCUGACCCUGAUCUCAUUCCCUCAUCGCCUUUCGUUACCGACCCAUUUUAACUCUCUCUCUCUCUCUCUCUCUCUCUCUCUGGCGUUACAUUUUGCCCGUUACUCUCUCUCUCUCUGCAUUUUUUUCAUCCUCUUCUUCUUCACUUCUUCAGUUAUCGUCACCUUAUCCCAACCCUUUUCUCUUGCGACGGUGCUUCUGCAGAUCAACCCACAACCUCCAAUUCUUGGUGUUUUGGCUCUUCCUGCACCAUGGAUGGUAUUCAUGGGGGUGAUUCUCGGAUGCAAAUGAGUGAUGGACAGCAUCCUAUACAUGUGCCAUAUGUGCAAGAACAUGAGCAUCAUGGACUGCACCAUAUGAGCAAUGGGAAUGGCAUUGAUGAUGAUCAGAAUGAUGGAGCUGAUACUAAUUGUGGUGGAAGUGAGAGUGUGGAAGGUGAAGUCCCCUCCAACCAUGGAAAUCUCCAUGACAAUCACACUGUAAUGAUGGAUCAAGGGGGUGAUGGUGGGGAUCAGCUUACGUUGUCUUUUCAGGGCCAGGUUUAUGUCUUUGACUCCGUGUCACCAGAAAAGGUUCAAGCUGUACUACUGUUACUGGGAGGCCGCGAAAUACCUCCGACUAUGCCUUCCAUCCCAGUAUCUCCUCACAAUAAUAACCGGGGAUUUACUGGUACUCCACAAAAAUUCAGUGUCCCUCAGAGAUUAGCUUCAUUGAUUAGGUUUCGUGAAAAGCGGAAGGAACGAAAUUUUGACAAAAAAAUCCGGUACACUGUUCGUAAAGAAGUAGCAUUAAGGAUGCAAAGAAAUAAAGGUCAGUUUACAUCUUCCAAGUCCAAUCAUGAUGAAUCUGCACCAACUGGGACAAAUUGGGGGACAAAUGAAAACUGGACAGCAGACAAUAAUGGAUCCCAGCAACAAGAUAUUGUUUGUAGGCACUGUGGCAUCAGUGAGAAGUGCACACCAAUGAUGCGACGUGGGCCUGAAGGGCCAAGAACCCUCUGCAAUGCUUGUGGUCUUAUGUGGGCAAAUAAGGGAACCCUGAGGGACCUAUCAAGGACGGCACCCUUAUCUGGACAUAAUUCCUCAUUAAUCAAGAAUGAGAAUAAAAGUUUAGAGGCCAACCAGAUAGUCGAUAGAGUUGCCGGCGAAGCUGAUGAUUCAUCAUGAUAAACUCUAUUUUGGUCAGAAUGGAAAGCGAUUACAUGAAAUAAGGGUGAUUGGAGAGUGGUUGCCCCUAGACAAGAAAUUGUAAGAGGAAUUCCACUGCAUUUUUAGUGAAAAUAGUUAAAUGAGCAUUCUGUAUCUUGUUUUAAAUAUAUGCAGAAAGUCAUUAUUGCCCUGUGAAAGCUAGUUCUUUUUGGAGGUUUUUAUUUAUUCUGGGUAUGCUGAACAGCUUCAAUGCACUUCCUAUGUUGUAUUAUGUUUGAGCAGUGCAGUUGUAUUCUAAAAAAAUUGGCCCCUUUAUGUGGUAAAUUGAGUGAUUUUCAUUUCACCUUUUA